AUGGCGGCCAGAGGGGGGUUUCAGUCGGCACCGACGGGAGGUGUUGUUGGAGCAAUGGGACCUGGACCACCGGUACCGGGUGCAGGACCAGGCAUGGGCCCCGGGACUCCUUCUGGAAGGAUGGUACCGUCGUCGGCCGUGCAGAACCACAUGUACCGCUCCCCGAUGCCCGGGCCUGGGUACCCGAGACCAGGCAUGCCUCCAUCCAACCGCAUGACCCCGCAGGGACCAGCCAUGGGCCCCCCAGGAUAUGGCAACAGCCCUGUGUCUCGCCCUGUGAUGCCUGGCGUGAUGGACCCGUCUCGCAAGAGGCCCGCCCCCCAACAGAUCCAGCAGGUUCAGCAGCAGAACCGCAACCAGCAUACAAAGAAGAAGAAGAUGGCCGAUAAAAUUCUACCUCAGAGGAUCAGGGAACUGGUCCCAGAGUCUCAGGCUUACAUGGAUCUGCUGGCUUUUGAGAGGAAGCUGGAUCAGACCAUCAUGCGCAAGAGGCUGGACAUUCAGGAAGCCCUCAAGAGGCCCAUUAAGCAAAAGAGAAAGCUUCGGAUCUUCAUAUCAAACACCUUCAACCCUGCGAAGCCAGAUGCUGAAGAUGGAGAAGGCACAGUUGCAUCAUGGGAGCUACGUGUAGAGGGGCGUCUGCUGGAAGAUACGGCCGUGUCCAAGUAUGAAGCCACCAAACAGAAGAGGAAGUUCUCCUCUUUCUUCAAGUCUCUGGUGAUCGAGUUGGACAAAGACCUCUAUGGUCCAGAUAAUCACCUUGUAGAAUGGCACAGGACUGCCACCACCCAGGAGACCGAUGGUUUCCAGGUGAAGAGGCCCGGUGAUGUUGGAGUUCGCUGCACCGUCCUGCUCAUGCUCGACUACCAGCCCCCUCAGUUCAAGCUGGACCCCCGGCUGGCUCGUAUGCUGGGGAUCCACACCCAGACCAGACCUGUCAUCAUUCAGGCCCUGUGGCAGUACGUCAAGACCCACAAACUCCAAGACCCUCAUGAGCGCGAGUUCAUCAACUGUGACAAGUACCUGCAGCAGAUAUUUGAGACUCAGCGAAUGAAGUUCUCUGAGAUCCCACAGCGCCUGCAUGCACUCCUGAUGCCCCCAGAGCCAAUCAUCAUCAACCAUGUGAUCAGUGUGGAUCCUAAUGACCAAAAAAAGACUGCUUGCUAUGACAUUGAUGUGGAGGUGGACGACACGCUGAAGACCCAGAUGAACUCUUUCCUGCUCUCCACAGCCAGUCAGCAGGAAAUAGCAGGACUGGACAACAAGAUCCAUGAAACCAUUGAGACCAUUAACCAGCUGAAGACCCAGAGAGAGUUCAUGUUGAGUUUUGCCAGAGAUCCCCAGGGCUUCAUCAACGACUGGCUGCAGUCCCAGUGCAGAGACCUCAAGACCAUGACAGAUGUGGUCGGAAACCCAGAAGAAGAGCGGAGAGCAGAGUUUUACUACCAGCCGUGGGCUCAGGAGGCGGUCUGUCGCUACUUCUACUCCAAGGUUCAGCAGAGGCGACAGGAGCUGGAGACGGCGCUCGGCAUCAGGAACACCUAAAGAAAUGUAUCCACAGGCGGCAAAUAAGGAGACGACUAAUGUGUGAGCGUGUGUAAGAUGUUCGCAGUGAAUUCCUCCCCAGAGUUUUCCGACAAACUCAGAGAGACAUAGAUACGAGUUGGUUUUACCGUUAUAUAGGAUGUCCUUUUUGUUUAUUCUUCACCCUGCAGCUCGACUACUGUUGCAGUUUGGUUGCUACUUCCACUGUUUUUGUAUAAUUAUUUUUUUCCUCCUCACACCAGAGUUCUUUGAGCACAAUGUAUUUUGCAUGUCUCAGCCUUACAUGGAAGCAUUCCUCCAAUUUUGAUACAUUGUGCACACGAAAGUACAGAUUGUACACAAAUGAAAAGCAGACUUUUAAUGUUUGUCCCUGAUUCAAAAAAAAAAAAAAAAAAUGGAAUGUGUUGAUUCUGCCUUAGACUCUUUGUUUGAUCUUUUUCUUUGGAAAUUAAAUUCACGUUUUACA